GAGUUCAUAUGAGUUCAUCGGAUCCUUCGCCAACAGCGUCUCUCUCUCUCUCUCUCUCUCUCUCUCUUGAGAAAGUGUCAAAAGUCUGAGAAAAUUCUCUAACUAAACAAACGGUUUCAGAUGUUGAUCUCGUGAUCGUGUGCGUGAUCCAUUCACCACGUUGGGGAUCUCUCCAUCACUUCUCUCGGUUCCUCGUGCUCAUCACCAGCUACGUCUUCUUGGUUCGUUCUUCAUCCGCUACUCCAACUUCAUCCGAAACGCUUCCUCUCUUAUCAUCUGUACAAUGUCCAAUGGUUCCGGGAAGCUUGUUGCCAAAGAUGAGCAAGAAACGAUCCGAAGCGACAAUUUGAAGAAUACCCGGUUCGAGUUCGACUAUGAGAUUGCCCAAAUUUCCCCCUUGGACCACGUCGGCUUCAAGAUUGAUCAUCCGAGCCCAAAGAAAUCCAUCGGAGCAAGCAAAGAAGAGGAGGAGGAGGAGGAGGAGGAGGAGGAGUGUGGAAUGACGUCGUUCCGAGAAGAACAUGAGCUUGUCGAAGAAGAUGGGGAGAACAAUGAUGGAUUCAGGACUCCAACAUCCUCCGACCACAAAAUCCCGGCAAUGACGCGAUGCCCGCCUGCGCCGAUGAAGCCCAAGCCGACCAGAAAGCGGAAAUUCUCGUCGUCAUCAUCGUCCACUUUCUCCGAUGAUCGCUGCAAAGAACGGAUUGAUCUCGAUUCCUCUGAGCAAGUGGAAUCGCUGUUUCGGCCAAUUCUUAGAGAUGAGAUCAAGAAAGCUAGAAGAGAUGGAAAUAAUAAUGGGUGAUUGACUAUAUGUCCAUUUGAGGAGGUUCUGAAAGCAUAAUGUGGACCAGAUCAAUUGGAAAGGAGCAUAACCUGGAAAUCCAGUUUGGUGCUUUUU